AUGUGGCUGUUAUUUUGGACUUUUGUUUUGGGAGUAAUACGGUACGCGGAGGCUGGCAUGAUGGGUGAUCAGUGCGACUGGACUGGCAGUGGGUUAACAUCCACGGCCGAGCGUGGCGUGACGCCCGUUUACCUUCGAUGUCGAGAGGGCACCAUAGCCUGGGUGUAUCCCAGAGGAGCCCUGCGCCUGCUAUUCCGACCGCCUUUGCCCGAUGAUGAACAAGACUUCCGAGUAUGUGUCCGUGUUAUGCGGCGACCUGACCCACCUGAUCUGUUCCAUGAUCUGCAACAAAAUGAUACAGAAGUUGCGGAGCGUUUUCCAGCCCGUCUCUUUGUGGAAGGUGCGCAUCGUCUAGUCCCACUAUAUGCGCCUAACGACGGUGAUCCAAGAGAGCUGCGAUGUUUUCGCAGCCGACGAGGCCGUGCUGCCCUUUAUGUAGAGGCCGAACCAGAAGGCGGUACGCAAAGGAGAAUGGCUAACUUCAGAUAUGAAGCAAAGGCGUUAAUGAGACGUCACUAUGACCCCACUUCAGCCGACUGCCGACCCUGCACUGAGUCUGAACUAGAGCUCGCCUUCUGCACCAGCGAUCUCGUGUCUCGCGGUAUAAUUGUGGGCAGCGAGACUCGCGAAGACCUUGAUACAACGCAACUUACCCUUCGGCUUACCAAGCUCAUCAGAGCUACCUUAGGUGAAGACCAAAGAGACAAGACGGACAUCAGCGAUCAGGACGAAUACUAUAGGUAUGAAAUCGACAACACACUAGAGCGCACUACACACCGCAACCACCGGCGGCGGAAACCGCGAAGUUUACACGCGCACGUGCACGUCUCCUCGGUGUGUGGAGCGGCCGCGGGCGCCGGUGAGUUCUUGGUCAUGGCGCGGCGGAGGCUCGGCCGGUACUCGCUCGUCUGCGCGCCCAGAACUGAAGACUGGAGCGAGCUGGUUAAGAGAAGAAACGCUGAAGGCACCGCGCAUUGCUUGUUGCAACACUAG